GGGCCCGCCCGACCGGGCACCAAGCGCCUGCCGCGGGCCAUCGUGGUGGGCGUCAAGAAGGGCGGCACCCGCGCCGUGCUGGAGUUCAUCCGGGUGCACCCCGAGGUGCGCGCCCUGGGCACCGAGCCCCACUUCUUCGACAGGAACUACCACCGCGGGCUGGAGUGGUACAGGAGCCUGAUGCCACGAACACUUGACAGCCAGAUCACAGUGGAGAAGACCCCCAGCUACUUUGUCACCAAGGAGGCCCCGCGGCGCAUCUUCAACAUGUCCCGGGACACGAAGCUGAUCGUGGUGGUGCGGAACCCCGUCACCCGCGCCAUCUCGGACUACACGCAGACGCUCUCCAAGAAGCCGGACAUCCCCACCUUCGAGGGGCUGACCUUCCGCAACCGCAGCCUGGGGCUGGUGGACACCUCCUGGAACGCCAUCCGCAUCGGGAUGUACGCCGUGCACCUGCAGAGCUGGCUCCAGUACUUCCCUCUCUCGCAGAUUCACUUUGUCAGCGGCGAGAAGCUGAUCACGGACCCCGCGGGGGAGAUGGCCAAAGUGCAGGACUUCCUGGGCAUCAAACGGGUCAUCACAGACAAGCACUUCUACUUCAACAAGACAAAAGGCUUCCCGUGCCUGAAGAAGUCGGAGAGCAGCGGCUUGCCUCGCUGCCUUGGCAAGUCCAAGGGCAGGACUCACGUGCAGAUAGACCCCGAGGUGAUCGAGCAGCUUCGGGACUUUUAUAGACCUUAUAAUAUCAAAUUCUAUGAAACAGUCGGGCAGGACUUCAGGUGGGAGUAAGUGUCCGGGAGCAGAGCUGCAGUGACAUGGAGCUGCAGUCUUCUGUGAGGAGAGCCCGAGGGGCUGGAGCCAGGACCCCCCUCAGCCCACGGAGCAUUGUGAGCAGAGGCAGGCAAGGCCUUUCCCCGUGGCUCAGGAGUCUGCAGCGCUCCGGAGAGAACCAAGAUCAGGCAGACUCAGUCCUGCUGCAGCCAGCAAGCCGAGGGAUGAGUGCCCAGCAGCACUGCCUGUCCCAGCGGGUCAGCAGAGACGUGGUUUCCUCCGUGGGGUCCUGUGUGCCCUUAGCACCACGUGGUCCCCAGGGCCACAGACGGCCCCAGCCCGUGUCCAGGCUGCUGUAAAGCACAUCCCUCUGUGUCCCAGAGCAGAUGGGUGCUCCUGCACGGUGGGACUGUCCCUGCCAGCCCCGUCCUGGGCAGGCACAGCUGCAGCCACUCCACUCUGCCUUUGUCACUUGCCACCAUGUGUACCCAUGAGGACAGAGAGAUGUAUCUGCCUGACAAAGAAGUCUAUGGAAAAUGUUGUACUGAUAUUUUGUCCUGUGAAUAAAGCACAGAAUCCUGCUGUUACGGGUACUUUAGUGGCACUAGUUUCCUUGUUCAGCUUGUGAUCCCUUCAUGUAAAUAAAGUGGCUUCCACCAGUC